CGCGGUAACCUCUUCCAUCACCACCGUGUUGUGUCGUCCGCUGUUGGUCUCGCAGUAUCAUUCCAUUUCUCUUGCGAGAAAGCUGAGAACAAAACCUAGAACUCCACUCGGGGUCUGAGUCGAGUUGAGUAUUGUGUUAGACAAGCGUUGGAAAUGGCGUUUACAUUAAGAAGCUUGAAGGUGCCUCCCAACUCUGCGAGUCUAGAGGAGGCCAGGAACCGGGUGUUCGAUUUUUUCAGGUCCGCCUGCAGAUCUUUACCAACUGUCAUGGACAUAUACAACCUCGACGACGUCGUUAAAAUCUCACAGCUCCGCUCCGCCAUCGCCUCCGAGAUCCGCAAAAACGCCAAUGUCACCAACCCCAAGGUGAUUGAUAUGUUGCUCUUCAAGGGAAUGGAAGAGCUGAACAACAUUGCCGAGCACGCAAAGCAGCGGCACCACAUAAUUGGCCAGUACGUAGUUGGUCAACAAGGACUUGUGCAGGACGUGGACAAGGACCAGGGCAUGUCUGAUUUCUUGAAGAACUUCUAUAGGGGCAACUACUUCUGAUAUUACUUAUCAUGGCUAUGCUGCCGUUAUAUUUUGCUAUUGCCUGUGAACCUUUAAUAAUGAUGGACGUAGAACUGUUUCUACAUCUGUCUAUCCGACAAAAACUUCAUUCGAUCUUCUCUUCUGGUCACUGUAUCAGGCAGCAGAUUAUCACUCGAUUGAAUUCGUGUUAAUUUUGACAAAUCAAGAAACAGGUGCAUACUGAAUGUUGGUUGUGUUUCGUUUCAGCGAUACUGCUGUUUCGGUAUCAUGUGAAGAAGAAAGGUGCUUCACAGAAGAUGUGAGUGCUGAUUAAUCAUAAUCAAGUUACUUAUUGCUGAGUA